GGCGUGGCCUGUGCGGGUAGCGCCGCACCCGCCUUCCGGAUCGGGACCGGCCGAGCGGAGCCGAACCGGGACGGGCCGGGCCCACCGGGAGCAGCCGAGCUCCAGCGGGCAGAGCAGAGCAGAGCAGAGCAGGCCGAACCGGGCCGAGCCGAACCCGACCGGGCUGAGCCGAACUUCACCGGGCCGGGAGCAGCCGAGCCCGCUCGGAGCGAGCCGAGCAGAACCGGGAGCAGCCGAGCCCGCUCGGAGCGAGCCGAGCAGAACCGGGAGCAGCCGAAGGCGCUCGGGCCGGUUCCGGCGCGGGCCAUGGGGCAGAUCGAGUGGGCCAUGUGGGCGAACGAGCAGGCGCUCGCCGCCGGGCUCAUCCUGCUGACGGGCGGCAUCGUGGCCGUGGCGGGGCAGUUCAAGGGCUGGUACUUCGCGGCGUAUUCCAUCGCGGCAGGCGUCCUGGUGUGCCUGCUCGAGUAUCCCAGGAGCAAGAGGAAAAAGGGCUCCACCAUGGAGAGGUGUGGCCAGAAGUACCUGACAGCUGUGGUGAAGCUCCUGGGGCCCCUCACCAGGAAUUAUUACAUCCGAGCUAUCCUCCACGCUGCCCUGGCUGUCCCCGCUGGAUUCCUCCUCUCCACCAUCCUGGGCACCGUCUGCCUGGGCAUUGCCAGCGGCAUCUACCUGCUGGCUGCAGUUCGAGGGGAGGAGUGGAGACCCAUCGAGCAGAAGCCCCGGGAGAGGCCACAAGUGGGGGGCACCAUCAAGCAGCCCCCCAGCAACCCCCCGCCCCGGCCGCCCCCCGACGCCCGCAAGAAGCAGCCGGAGGUGGGGGGGCAGGUGAACCCCAUCCCUGUGGAGGUGGAAUAGUGGGGGACCCUCCUGCCCCACUGCCCUGCUCCUGCUCCUGCUUCCCAGCUGCUCCUGGAUCCACUGCAGCAAUCCACUGGGCUCCUGGGGGUCCCCAAAACCCCGGGGCUGGGAGCCCCUUGCUGGGGGUCCCCAGCUCCUGGUGAUGCUCAGAUCCCUGGGACCGUCAGCUCCCCUGGGCUCCCCAAGGGAUUCCCAAAUCCCCAGUGAUGCUCUGGGUCCCCAGCUCUCCAGGGGAUCCCCAAAUCCCCAGCAAUGCUCAGCUCCUUGUAGAAUUUCCAUUUCCCUGUAGGAUCUCCUGGGGAUCCCCAGAUCCCCUAAGAUGGUCAGAUCCCAAAUUCCCAGCGAUGUGAUGCUCCCUGUGGGGUUUCCAGCCCUUGGGGGCUUCCCAGCUUCUGGAGAUUCCCAAAUCCUUGGGCCUGCUCAAUUCCCUAUGGGCUCUCCAGCUCCCAGGAGCUCCCCAGCUCCUGGACCUUCCCAAACCCCCAAGAAUGUUCAGCUUCCUAUAGAGUCUGCAGCCCCCAAGGCCUUCCCAGCUCCUGAGGAUCCCCCAAAUCCUUGGGGAUUCUCAGCUCCCUGUGAGUCUCCUGCUUCCAGGGGCUCCUCAGCUCCAAAUUCCUGGGCAUGCUCAGCUCCCUGAGGGUCCCAACUCUCCAAGCACCCCGCAGUUCCCUGGGGGAUCCCCAAAUCCCUGUGGAACUCCAGCGCUCAGGGAAUCCCCAGCUCCCAGGGGGGGAUCACGCAGCUCCUGCUCUCCCUGGUUUUUGUCAUUUCUGCAGUUGCUGUUGCAAUAAAAAGUGGGAAAGGCA